UCAGUAUACGAGGCACCGUCAUAAGGAGAGCGCGUCACUCCGCGAUCCGUUGGCGUAUAUUUACGAUAUCAAAACAUAGUACGUGAUAAAUUAUUAGUAUGCAAUCUGUUUUGAAGAUUCUUGUGUCAUCAAAGCAAAGAUGAAAGCGUGGACAGCGCACGAGCAAGACACAUCGUUGUCAUGCUGUCGCACAUUGCAUGUGAAACACGCUGCGUAUGCGAGCGCUUUGUAUACUUUGAAUAUAUCUAUAUUGGUGGUGCUUCUGUACAGCUGGAGAAUAGGAGUAAAUGCGAAGAGGUAUAAAGAAUUGGAUGAUGUUUAUUAUGGUGUACAGAUAGCAUACUUCGCUAUAAUAGGAACGCAAAUGUUCAUGAUUGUACUGAGCAUAUUUCUGUUUUAUGGUAUUUACAAAGAAAACGUUGCAUUCUUGGUCCCUUGGGUGGUGGGAUGCAUGACGUUUAUGGCGUUAGAAGCGAUGGCCAUGGUAUAUUCAAAUAUUUUAAGAGAUCACGUCAAUAAACAAUUCGACGCUAUGUGUAAAGCAGAAAUAUCGUUUUUGAUACCGAGGAUAUUGUUGAAUUGUCUUUGCAUAUGGUGUGUAUUACGACUUUACCACUUACUAAGGGCGGGCGUGACUUGGAAGGGCGCGGCUCCCAUCGAGCUGUGACUAUUGCCUCCCAAAACCUCUGAGGACUCUGCCCCUUGCGAGUCUAGCCUGUUGCUAGGUAAUGUGGAAAGCGAUACAGAUGCUAGUAUGCACUCGCUUUGAUAUGUUAUUAUUAUGUGUAGGACAGGAGUGUCGUAAAUUGUGAUACUUUGAAAUAUAGUGUUUAAUUUUUUCAAGGCUCAUGGUGGUAAGAACUGUGUUGGGGGAUAUGGAAAGUGGUUUAGUUGACGGAUUAACUUUUGUUGUGAUUAUUUUGGUGAACGUUUAUUUUAUACAUUAUCUGUACUUUCAAGGUGAUAAAAACUAUACAUUAAAUUUUAAGUGUACUAAUUUACAACAAUUUUAGUAUUUUAAAAAAACUUAUUUAUAUUAAUUUAUUAAAAAUACAACUGAUAUACAUUGAAUUAUAGAUACUGGCUUUCUUUCAAAUGUUUAUACAUAAUUGUAAUUUUUCUUGUAUAUUCGAUGAUUUAUUCCAGUAUAACUAAUUCUGUAUUUAUAAACCUAUACGUUCAUAAAUUUAUAUAAAUGAUAGAUACAAAUAUCUUAGAAAUAGACCCUGUUAAUUGGUGUUUAAACUAAUCAGAGUUGUGUUAAAUUGUUCGAGACGUCAAAUAAGAACUAACUUAUUUAAAAAGGUUCCGGUUACAA